AUGAACUAUGUGCUUAAUGCAUGGCAGAAUGUCACGACCAAAGCAAUUAGCAACUGUUUUGAUUGUACAGGAACCUUUGAACCGUCAGCCAACCAUUCUAAGCGCGUAAGUCAGGCUAGCAUUGCUGAAGAAACGGAUUCUGUGUUAACAAGUGUCAGUCGUAUGUAUUCGGGUAUGCAUCCUGAUAUUAGCAUAGAGGAAGUUGAUAUGCUUGGUGAUACUGAGGACAAAGAAAUGCACGGAGGUGAAGCUUUAACUGAGGAACAGAUCACGGAGAAUCCCGAGGAAGGCAUCGAUGAAGAAAAAGGAGAGCGUCUUUCCAAACGCAGAAGAACCGCUGCUAAAUUGGGACUAAAGCUGGCGUUGGCAAGUAUUAUGCUAAGGAAUACAGAGGAAUUCAAACUUCUGGAAUUGAUGCUAGGCAGAGCAAACAAAGAGUGUAUGGAAAUACAAAAGCAGGCUUCCAAUUUAAAAAUAAAUUAG